AUGGUAAUGAACGGAGCUGUUGGAGUCGUUGACGAUGAAGUUGCCAGUGGUUUGAGUGAUGGAGGUGCUGCUAUGAAAAAUAAGCAGAACACUCAACAGUCCCCAACUGAAAGUGCUUCACUCACUUCAAAGCUGCAAACCCCGACUCAAACCAAGUCCGCAGAACCAUCCCUUCCACCUGAAAGUAGGCGAUCAUCACCAAGGAACAAGAAGUUAGAACCAAGUGCUGUUGUUUCUUCUCUAACUAGAUGUGCAACAACUCCAAAGCGUCGUCGACAACCUGAAAGUGCUAAAAUGUCAUCACCAACUACAAAGAGACAGACCACAACUACAAAGUCCCAAUCAAAAAGCUCUGAAGGAGAUACUGAAAAAUCUGGAGUGGGGCGAAAGAAUGUAAAGCGAAAACUUGACACAAGCAGCACAGGCCCAUGUCUGAAUGUUCAACUUAGGGAUCCACACGACACUCUCGCAGAUUUUCAAGAUGAAGAAGAAGAGGAAGAGGAGGAGGAAGCUGUGGAAGAGGAUAACUCUGAUCAUGUGGAGCCUGAUGUGGAAGAAGAGAAUGAUAAUGAACCGAUUCAUUGUGCCUGA